AUGGAAUAUAGUCCCGUGCAGGAGAUGCUUACCUACCCGGCUCAGCUGUCGAUACUGGAACUCGAAAAGGAAAUAUGUGAAAAUGGCCUCGCCAACUGCGUGACUUACCUGCAAGCGCUACGCAAGAGGCAGGCCCGAAACGAACGCCGGCUUCACACUGACUCGUCCCUACCGCGAAAGAAAAGAAAGAAGAUCCAACAGAGUACGCGCGAGCUUAAGAAAGAGAUCAAGCACCGAGAGCGCGAUGAACAGGCAUUCCUCAAUAGCCUCCAGGCCUGCAAAGCAAACAUCUACAUUGCCGAGACAGUCUCGUCUCCGUCCACAGCCUGCUCAUCGACAAUACCGGACCUUGCUUCCAACUCAACACUAUGCUCAUACCCAGAAGAGGUAGAGCCCACAGAAUCGGCCUGGAACGGAUGGGCAGACCAGACGGCCCAGUCUCCACCCCGGAAGAACAGCAGUAACCCAUUGUUCGUCAACGAAAUGGUACCAGACAACCAUUCAGGCCAGUCCCCAGGUGUAGGGUACAGUCAUGCUACGCGACGCGUGCCCACAAAUGGCGCACUGACACGGUUUAUGCUCAGUCCUGAGGCUGCCGUGUUUGAGCCCCAAGCCAGCUGCAAGGAUCGACAGGAGGACUUGGACGAGCAGCUAGCCCGACUCAAUCUCUCUUCAUCACUGGUAUUCACAAAGGUGGCUCAAACGGCAUCCAAGGCCAUGGAGGACGGUCGGCUCGCCGACGCUGAACCGGUAGCAAUGCGUCGUCCAACAUCAGCCGGGGAAAUUGUUGAGCAGACGGGCGAGCAGGAUUGGAACGCUACCCCGCAGCAGCAAAGGCCGCGCAAGGAGGCGGAUAGCGUAACGUACAGGAGAAGCAGGACAAAUUCUGUAUGA